AUGGCGGAGGGGGCGGAUGGUGAGCGCAAGGGGGGGGAUGCGGCAGGAGAGUCCGUUGCGGCGUUUGACGACCGCCUGAGGGUGGACCUGGCGCGGGCGCUGGACCAGCAGGGGCGGCUGGAGCGCGCGAAGGUGGAGUUCGAGGACCUGGAGCGCGCUAUCCUCGCGAGGAGGGAGGGGGGCGUGCCGGCGCAGCUGCGCACGCGCGUGGAGCUGGGCUCGGGCGUCUACAUGCAGGCCCUGGCGCCGGACGCGGACAUGGUGUACGUCAACGUGGGCCUGGGGUUCCACGUGGAGUGCUCCUGGGAGGACGCGGAGCGGAUCGCGGCGCUGAAGAAGGAGGCGCUGGACGAGCAGAUACGGGCGCGCGACGGGGCGGUGGGGGACCUGCGCGCGCGCGAGCGGCUGCUGGCAGAAGGGAUGCGGAUCGCCAGGGAGCUCGGGCAGGCGGGGGAGGAGGAGGCGGAGGGGGGGGCCGGGGCGGGGCCAUCCUGA